CUACCAUCAGCGGCUUUGGUGUCGGUCGUCGUUCGUCUUGCGCAAGGACCUUGUUACUGCGAUUUUUAUCUUGAUACCCUACGCCGCGUCUGAUCCCUGAGCUGUGCCGGAAGCUACUCAGAAAAGAGUGCAGCGUGGACUCGCUAUCAUUGCCAACUCCGCUCAACCUUUCGACUAUACUACCAUGCCUCUGAUUAGCGCCAUCGCGACUGGCGUCUCCGCUGGUACCGUAAUCAACGCACUGGCUUCCGAACGCGUCUACUGCUGUCUUAUCCUGUGUUUAUAUGGGCACCCGGUUGUUAGCGUCAAGUCGCGCGAGCAGUUGCUAGCAGCUUUUCGCGACGCAAUCAAGGGGCACUGCGGCCUUGCAAGACGAGACAUUCUACACCGAGAUGUCGGUCUCCACAAUAUCAUUCUCGGCGCGCCCGAUGCUCCAGACGAAUAUAAGGGUAUCCUCGUCGACCAUGAUUUAGCCCCCGGCUUUCUACGCGACCCGGUAGAUGCCUAUGUGGACUACCGGACGGGUACUCGCGUGUAUCAGUCCACCCAAGAGCUGAAGAGCUUUGCAUAUAAGAACACCGCGUUGUCUAGCGGUAAGCGUCUACUGUACGACUAUCUGGAUGAUUUAGAAUCCUUCUACUGGAGUCUUUGUUGGAUAUGCUUCAUCCGCGACGAUCAACCAACUAUCGACGACCCAAAGGACUGGAACGCCGAUGAUCCAGUAAUUGCAGGUUACGGGAAGUGUAUCCACCUGCUCCUGAAGUUCUACCCCAGCAGCGUUAAGGAGCACUUCAAAGCCUUCAUCCCGCUUCUCCAGUACCUGCAUGCUAUAUUUCAGCGCACGCUGCAGAAGAAGUCGGAACUCAUCGGCGCACGCGCUGCGCACACGCGCGAUUUGGCCACAAUCAGGGCAGAGGCGGACGCGACGUACCGGGAGGUGAUCGGCAUGUUUGACGACACAAUCGGCAGCCUUGCCGAGUUCCUACCUGCUGAAGAGGCGCCACUGCCGUCUGCAAGUGUCGUCUUGCCUGAGCGCCCAAAGAUUCCCCGCCGGACCCCACACAUGUUGGCGCCGUCGAUGUCCAUGACCAUCGGGAACAAGCGGAAAGCAUCGGAGGAGUCUGACGAGGGGCCAGAGAAGAAGAGGUCGCAGGUAGCUUCCACGGCACCUACCAAACCUUCGAGCCUGCGCCACUCGGAGUCGUAUGACCCUUGAAGGACUGCUCUCUACAUACCCAUAUGCACUUAGCUCACAAAGCUUCUGUCGUCAUGUCAUGUCAUGAAUUGUUGCAUUCGUAUCUCAUUACACUUGUUACUCUG